AUGGCCGAUCUCAGCAGGGUACCGGCCGUCGAGAGCGCGAAACCGUCUGACGACCACGAACGCACGAAAUCAAUUAGCACCGAUGCUAAAGGCGACACUGUCAUCAUCACCCAGAAUGGCGACAGCUUCACCAUCGACAAGAAGGCGGAAAGAGCGCUGCUUUGGAAAUUGAAUUUGCGCAUCUUGCCACUUCUCACCAUGAUGUAUCUCUUCAACAGCUUGGACAAGGCAAAUCUUGGCAAUGCGAAGACAGCAGGAUUGGAGAAAGAUCUCGGGUUCGCUGGAACGAAUAAGUACAACAUUCUACUUUCGAUCUUCUUCGUCCCAUACGUUCUCACAGCACCGUUCCUCGGCAUAGUCGGCAAGAUGUACGGCCCUUCACGAGUCUUACCGGCGAUGAUGGUGUGUUUCGGAUCCAUGACGUUGCUAGUAACCGCAACUUAUAACUGGUCUGGCCUCAUGUGA